AUGGAGACUACCACGCCGCGCACGCCCGAGGAAAUCUCGAUGUUUGGCGAUGUCCUCGAACUCCUCCAUCACCCGAGAAGGCGAGAUGUACGGACACAGGCACUGCAUGCAUGCGUCCAAUGCAGCAGCGAGGCCUCAUUUCUGUCUUUCUUGAAGUCGCUUCUUCCUAACCACAGUGGUGCAGGCGAGGCGGAGAAGCGCGAGGUCUCAAGCCCUACGGACGACGACAAGGACAGACGACAGGGAAAAGAAGCACUCCAUCCCCGAAAAGACCUAGACCGGUUCCUUCGUUCUCUUAUUCGGACUCUAGGACAAGAAGAAGAUGGCGCCUCGGCCGCCGCAGUGGAGGUAUUAAUUAACCUCUCUGCUGACGAAGUCCUUGCGGACUACAUGGUGAAGCGCGAACUGCACAUCGUGAACGUGGUCGUGGAUAAUCUGGAAGAACAGACGAAAAACGAAGCGCCUCGGCAUGCAAACAUCUCGCUCAUGCUGCUGAGCAACCUGACUCGAAAAGAAGAAGCCGGCCGGGCUCUUCUCGAGGCGAAGCAUGGCGUUCCAGGAUUCAAUCUCGUUCGCCUUAUCAGGGUGUUGGACGCCGCUGCCCGGUCCCCUGCACGUCGACUCCCCAACGACAAAUACUGGCAGGAGGAAGGCUACUUCAUUCUCUCUAUUUUGCAGAACAUUUCGUCUUUGAAAGAAGGAACCGCGACACUCUCUGGGGUUCUCUUGCCUCAGCUGAAUUCUCUCCUUUCUCUUCUUCCUCUCCUCCCGCCCCACUGCCACUCGCCGCUCCUGCGCCUGUGCCUGAACCUCUGCUUGGACAAGAGCAUCCACCCCGCAAUUUGCCGAUUCCCGCCCCCGUCCUUUUCUUCUUCCGUGGCUGCGAAAUGCGGCGAGUCACGCUGCGACGAGCAGCCGGGAACUCCGGCGCAGCUCAGCCCAAACGGAGAAUCCGUCCCCGCCUCGCCCACCUCGACUCGAGAUUCGCUUGCUCCAGGAGACUCGCCGAUGAGCUCGCCUUCCUCUGCUGUCUCUCAGUUGGAUGCGUCUUUCGCUGAGGCCGCGGGCCAGGCGACGCGCCAGCCUCAUGCAGCUCCUGCGAGAUCUGACCAAGACGCCCCAUGGCAGGGGACGCGAGAGAGUGGAGAGGACAAUAUUCCUUGUUCUCUUCUCAUCGCACUCGCCUCCUUCCUCUAUCCGCCGCCUGGGCCGAAGAGGGGCUUCGUGGGGGAAGACAAAAUGGCCGAGAAAACUGCUCAGAGGAAACACACGGAGGUGGGGAACAAACCCGCUGCAGGGGCGAGCGAUUCGGCGCAGAGCCAGAGGGACGCGAAAGCAAAGAUAGAAGAAACGGAAGGUCUCGAGAAGGGAGAAGCGGGAGAGAACACUGGAAAGACGUCAGGAAGCGCCGCUCAUGCAGACGCAGAAGUCGCGAGGCUACGAUUUCUGCAUCCUGUCGUCUCGCGAAACGCCUACGGCCCUGCAGGCAGCGCCCUGAGCCGCAAGUUGAUCGUUGAUUGCUUCUCCGCUCUCGCUCUGACUGAAACAGGAAGGACCAGCAUGCGUGAAAGCGGCAUCUACGAAGUCCUGAGAUGUGUGCACCUUGACGAAAAGAACUCACCCGUCAGAGAAGAGAUCGAGAAUAUGGUGCACGUCCUGGUUUACUCUGAGGAGGAGUUGAAGCAGCAGGACGAAGAUCUUGCGCGGUCUGUUCAGAGAGAGCCUUCAGGGAAAACGCCGAAGCCCGCUGUAGCGGAUAUGACAGGUUGA